AUGAUCGACGUGAACGGCAACAGAGUGAUGGGCAGAAACGACAACACCGCUUGCAAAAAGUCGCUUGAGCUCGCGAGAAAGGAGCUGCGCUCGAUAAUCGGGAGGAUCGAGGGAACGGCCAGCCUUACCGACCGUUCCCUAACAUUGCUUCGAGCGCGACGCCUCCUCGGACGAUCCUCGAACGGGGCAAGGCGGCGGCUCAUCCCGAGCGGCAGACACCUGUGGAUCCUCGCGAUCCUCGCCUCGAUCCUGGCGCAAUUGGCGUGGAAUUACGGCCGCGCAGCUCAUCACCACAAGUGUUUGGCGGAGAUGCCGCCGUUCACGCAGAAAAUAUUCCGCCCGGCCGAGGAUUGCUCGAUCUGCAGGGACGUUCAACAGGUCGACAGGAUAUCCAAUGUGGAUCCUUCCACUUUCGAGGAACGAUACGCGUACUCGGGAAGGCCGGUGGUGGUGAUGGACGCGACGAUUAAUUGGACGGCGACGAAGGUGUUCUCGUUCCCGUUCUUCAAGUCGUUGUACGACGGCGUGGACGCGGAUUGCCAAUUUUUCCCGUACAGAACCGAGUUCAAGAGUCUUCAGGACGUGCUCGACAUGGGCACCGAUCGAUCCCUGUUGGAGAGGGGGACGGAGCCGUGGUACGUGGGCUGGAGCAAUUGCGACGAGGAAAUCGGCAGUUUGCUGAGGCAACAUUAUCAGAGGCCUUACUUCCUUCCGGUCACAGCUGAGACGGAGAAGACCGAUUGGAUCUUUAUGGGGAGCCAUGGAUAUGGGGCCCCUAUGCACGUCGACGACGUGGAACACCCCUCGUGGCAGGCGCAGAUCAAGGGUGAGAAAUUGUGGAUCCUCGACCCGCCCAGGGAGUGUCAUUACGCCUGCAACAGAUUGGAGGUGGUGGUGCAUCCCGGUGAAAUAAUCGUCCUCGACACGAACCGCUGGUACCAUCAGACGGUAAUCGUGUCCGAAGAGAUGAGCAUCACCAUUGGCGCGGAGUACGAUUGAAGCGGCAAUACGAUCGUGCCACGUCUCCUCGCAACGGAUCGAUAAUAAAGAUAUUUUCCCUUCGACUUUCAUCGACACCUCCAAUUGC